CCGCGCUCGGGUUGACUUCCCUACAUUUGUGUUUCCAAAGCCGACAGACGAAAUGCCUGACGCACCGAAAGUGAAAGUGGCAGUGGCCAAGAAGGGCGCCAAGAAAGCCGUGUCCAAACCUGCAGGCAAGGCGGGUAAGAAGCGCAGGAGGUCGAGGAAGGAGAGUUACGGCAUCUACAUCUACAAAGUGAUGAAGCAGGUUCACCCCGACACCGGCAUCUCCUCCAAGGCCAUGAGCAUCAUGAACUCGUUCGUCAACGAUAUUUUCGAGCGCAUCGCGGGUGAGGCUUCCCGCUUGGCUCAUUACAACAAGCGGUCGACCAUCAGCUCCCGGGAGAUCCAGACCGCCGUGCGCCUGCUGCUGCCCGGGGAGCUGGCCAAGCACGCCGUGUCGGAAGGGACAAAGGCGGUGACCAAGUAUACCAGUUCGAAGUAAACAUUCUAAAUCCUGAUUAAACCGAAACCCAAAGGCUCUUUUAAGAGCCACCCACAA